AUGUUGAAACGAAAAUUGAAUGACAGUGUUGUGGAUCAUAUCAACGGUAACUGUGUUGCUACAGAAAGUGACUUGAAUUUUGUUUUCUUCAGCGUCUUAUACGGAGGAAAGAAAUGAAGUAAGCUUUCUCGUUUACUGUUUCUGUAAUGACUUAAUUGCCCAUAUAAUCGAAAAUGAAUUAUUUGACUUCUCGACGUGCGGCAGUGUGCCCAGAAUAUAGGGGGCAGUGACCUUCAGGAAGAGUGGUGAUGUUAUUGCAAAAAGUUUGCAGGAGAUUCCAACCAGCUUUUGUUAGAAAUCAUGGAUCAACAAUUCUGCCUGCGAUGGAACAAUCAUCCAACUAAUCUUACAGACGUAUUGAGCAAUUUGCUACAUAGACAGGCUCUUGUUGAUGUUACCCUGGCCUGUGAGGGUGAAACGUUUAAAGCGCAUCAGACAAUCCUAUCAGCCUGCAGCCCUUACUUUGAAAGAAUUUUCCUACAGAAUACUCAUCCUCAUCCAAUAAUAUUUCUGAGGGAUGUCCAUUACACAGAAAUGAGGGCCUUAUUGCAGUUCAUGUAUAAGGGAGAAGUGAACGUUAGUCAGAGUUUGUUACCGAUGUUUUUAAAAACUGCCGAAGCUUUGGAAAUUAGCGGUUUGACGCAAGGUGCAGUAAAGAAACCCGAAGACAGGACAAGUCCCACUCCCGCCGUCUCUCCAGCAAGAACAACGAUCGAAGAACGAAGUAGUGCCGCUAGUCCACCACCAGAGAAAAGGAAAAGAAAGACUUCUGGAAGUUGUGAAGUUCCCAUGACUGGGAACAAUAAUGAACGGUUCCUGGGAGAUACACAGAUGCCCCCACAGUGUAGUUACAAAACGAGCAGUGCGCCAGCUCCUCUACCUAAACUCCACCCCAUAUCAUCAGAAGUAGAUGAAGUUGUGGAUAUUGCAUCAUCACCUCCACCAAUCAAGGAAGAAGUUGAUUCAAGUCCACAACCUGAUUUUAAGGAGUCUUUCCAUAAUGCUGGAGACAUAAAACCACCUCCUGUUCUGCCAACCGUUUUGAGCCAUCAUGACGAUCUGUCACUGCAGGCUCCCCCCAGUGCAGGAGGUGCAGGUCAGUCGGAUGGAAGUGAGCAUGAGCAGGGUCCCUCCUCUCAAGAUACCAUGGAUGGACUUGAUGGGAGAGCAGAGUCGGUGCUUAUGAAUGAAAUAACCAACUAUAAGAUGUUGUUUGUGAAACUAACAGGAACUGCAAGACAAUGCAAAGUCUGUGGUAAAGUUGUGAAUAAUAUGAAGAAUCACUACCUCUACCAUAAUCCUGCUAGGUAUCAGUGCCCAAUUUGUUUAAGUGUCUUGUCACGACCAGACCACCUUAAACAACAUAUUAAAUGGAGGCAUUCCCAUAUUCCUAUUACGGAUGUAUCAAACACUGUUGUUUAUCCAUUCUCAUAGUGCUCAUCAACAGAAAAAUGAAUUUAUUAUUUUAAAAUUUUGGCACAAACAAAUAUUAUUGCAGAUAAGGUUAAGAGCUAGCAAUACUUCAGAAAGUAACAAUGCAAAAAAUAUUUUAUUUAUUAUAUUGCCAUUCUAGUAAAAUGCAGGUUAUCAUAGCAUAACUUUUCAUAUGUCAGCUGUCCCUAUUUUGGUGGUGAUUACCUCCAUUACUCAGAUGGUAUCAUUAAUUAAUGAAUAGUACAACUGUACCAAUAUGCAUCAGCAUGUUUUAUGGUACCACAAAGAGCACAAGUGGAAUCUCUCGCAAGACAAAUAAUUGAUAGAUUAUUUCACAUACAAAACCCUUCUGAUCUUCCUGCAUAUUCAUCCUCAGUGGAUAAGGGAUUAUUAUAAUGCAUUUCAUAAAUGUCAUCUUGCCACUUUUUUCAAGUUUUGAAUCUGAGUCCCACACACUCUGGAUAGUUUCAGGAGGAUUGUUUGUACCACAAAAGUAAAUAGUGUUAAGAAUGCAACAUAUUAGUUAUCUGUUCACUUGUUAUGAAUUAUAUUUGCCUAGACAUGUUCUUGAUGCUUUGUGCUUCAUGUUCUAGAUGACUACAAACUUUUUGUUUUGCACCAUAUUUAAAUUGCAUAAGUACACAUGCAAUUUUUUUUUCCUGUGUAUUGAUGAGGACUGGUCUUUCUCAUCUUUCUGGCUAAUAAUGCCACUGUUUUCAGGGUCCUCAUGCUACUUACAUUCUCUUACUGCUUGAUUUCAUCUGUGUAUCUCUGCAGGAAUUCCCUUUUUGAUAAUCUUGGUACUACAGUAAUAAUUGGUAGCACUCAGCCAUAAUUUUUGUCCUAUACACAAUACAACAAUACAUUGCAAGAGACAAUAGUCUUAUCAUCAGGUUGUAAAACUUAGCAGAACUAAUAUUACUUUAUGCUACUUAGAUCAUUCAGUUACAUUUCAUCCUAAUGUUUUGGCCCAUUGUACUUGGUGGUACGAAUAGAAGGUCGAUCAUUCAUUUCGUGAACAAUGUGGGAUUUCCAGCCUGAAAGUUCAGCUAAUAUUUGUGAUAACCAUUAUGUUUACAAAUAGUGUAUCUGAUUGUGUAAGUUCUUACUGGUAAACUCAGACUUAAUGUGUAUUCAUUUCUGAUUCAGUAAGUUGUUUUAUUUUAUCUGUAUGUCUUUUGAACGUUAACACAAGUACAUGAUAACAUUGUAUGAAAAUAAUUAUGUGCCUGUUGUUGCUGGUGUAAGUUUGCAUAUCUUCUCAGCAUGUUGGUUGGGACUUAAAGUUGAUCCGUAUUAAUUAUUGUUGUGAGAGAAAUGUAUGAAAGUGCCAGAAAAUCGUUGUACUCAUACUACAACCAUAUUCAGUCUUGCAUGUCAUGUAAAAACUGUGAAAGUAAUAUACACAACAUGCAAGCAGUAAGUGUCAAUACUAUGUGACAAUGAUGAGAUUUAUAAGAGCUCCUAAGAAUAUGUUUUUUUAUGAAGUUGAUAGAAACUUCUAUUCAUGUUUUAUGUCAACAGUUGUUAUUUUAUGGAGAUAUAUUUAUUGUAAUAGUACAGUGAAAAUUGAUUUUUAUGUUAUGUUACCAUUUACACUGUACUACAUUAGAUAUAUUUUUAAUAGAUUGUACAGAAACAUAAAAAUAUGUCCAGUUAGUAUUCCAUUCCUUAAAUAAUAUUUUUGUCUUUAUAACGGCGAUGUUUAUUAAUGAAAUAUGAGUUUAUCGAAACAUAAAAAUCAUGCCAUUAGUAAAGUGUUCUAUAAAUAAUGUUUUUGUUGUGAUAACUGCAGAGAGUGUUAAUUAAAAUAAGUGUUUGCACUUAAUAGUAAAAGAAAAGGGUAAAUUACAUUCAGCAUUCUCACUGUUAACUAUAUCAUCUCACUACCACACUUGACUUUGAAAAUCUUUGCAUAAGAAUAUACAUUCAUGUUUUGUUUGUGUUGUAACAGAAACACCUUUACACGACAUUAUAUGGUGACAGUGUAGGCACUGUGCUUUAUUGCAAAUGAAAACUAUAUAAUAAUUAGCAUACUCAACAUAUUUUAGCUCUUAUCUUCCAGUCAUAUGUUUCAUGUUUUGCUGUAGCCCUAGUAGCAUCAAAUAUGUUAUGACAUUUUGCCUCUUUCCUUCAUUGUUGAUGUUGAGAUGUUCACCUAAUGAAGGUAAUUGCUGUUAUUAUUUCAUAACAUAAUGUGGUAAAUUUUAUAUUAUAUUCUGUCAUUUUAAAAGUUUCUCUUGAACAUUGUUUACUAAGCAGUAUCUGUAUUAUCAGACAUUUCUCAGAUAGUUUUAACAAAAACUUUGUGAAGAUAUAUUUUGCCAGUUUGCUUACACAUUUUAUAGCUUGAUUUACAGUGCAAAAUUAGGAACCUAUUGUUUAUAUGCCUUCCUGAAAGAGGCUUUAGCGUACAUUGCUUGUGCAUAUUCUUUGAUGCCUGAAGUGUCCUGACUUCCAUUAAAAUCAGCCUGUUAUGGCUUAUCUUUUGUUACUGUUGCAAUUGAGCUGUUAAGAUUGAUUUUAUUGCCUAGCUGCACCCAGUGCUUGUUAUCACACAACAUUAAUAUGGAAGUGUUCUGUUGACACUACUUAUGAGGACACUAACAGCUAGAAGAAAGAAAGAAAAACACACACACACACACACACACACACACACACACACACACA